AUGGCUCUUCAAUCACGAAACAAUGCUCUUAAACAGAAUGGAAACUACAGAAAUGGCGCCACCGCCGAUAUUGCCAUCACAGUGCGCGGCUCCGAUUUCUAUUUCGCCAUCAGCGCUGCCAUGGCCGUCGCAGCUAUAACCUUCCUCGGUCUCGGACUGCGCAAACCUUGCCGGGCACGCGUAUUUCACUACAUUACCUCUGGCGUUGUUUGGGCUGCCGCCAUUUCAUACUUCUCCAUGGGCGCAAACCUGGGCUUUACGCCCACCACCGUUGAGUAUCAUCGCUCUAAUCCUCGAGUUUCUGGUGACUACCGCGCAAUCUUCUACGUGCGGUACAUUGAUUGGUUCAUCACAACACCGCUGCUGUUACUGGAUCUGCUUUUGACGGCCGGGAUGCCGUGGCCUACGAUUCUAUGGGUGAUUCUUGUGGACUGGAUCAUGAUCAUCACGGGUCUUGUAGGUGCGCUGGUAGAGUCGAGCUACAAGUGGGGUUACUUUACUUUUGGUUGCGCAGCGCUCGUUUACAUCAUUUACCAACUUGUAUGGGAGGCCCGGAUCCACGCACGUGCGCUCGGUGACGACGUAUCCAAGUGCUUCCUCUACUGUGGCUCACUUACAGCCUUUCUCUGGAUCAUGUACCCGAUCGCCUGGGGCUUGUGCGAAGGUGGCAACGUUAUCUCACCCGAUGCCGAGGCCGUCUUCUACGGCGUUCUUGAUUUCCUGGCCAAGCCCGUUUUCGGCGCGCUGCUGAUCUGGGGCCACAGAAACAUUGACCCUGCAAGAUUGGGCAUGGAUAUCAGGGACUAUCAUACUGACCCAAUUGAGGACGGGUUUAUCGACAAGAAUAAGGCCCCGACCGGUAUGUCCACAGGCGUUCAGAGAAGUGGGGUUGCACCUAUGGGUGAAACCACGACGGGAGUUUAA